AUGGAGAGCAUGAAUAAUAGCAAUUCGACUAAUUCUGCCUCUGCUGCUGCCGCCACAGCCACUGCUGCAAGUAGUAGCACAUUAAUGGCCAUGGCACUUCCUCUUGACAGUUUUGCUCCUUCUCCUGUUAUUGCUCCAUCUUUAACCAAUCAAUCUAAUAUUCAUGCCUGGAGGGCAGGGGCCAGUGGUGUUCCUGACAUCCCUAUUAAUGAUUGCGCGACAAUGCUCACAGGCCCUGGUGGCAGCGGGGCCUGUGAGCAAAGUCGCCAGGCCGGCAUCUCGGGGGAGAUCUGCGCGUUUGUGAGAGAAAUGAAACAAUAUUCCUCAAAUCACGUUGAUGAUACCGGCCAUGCGAAUGGUAUGGAGGAAAGUGAUGAAGCCAUUAGAAAGAGGGUAGAUGCAACGUUAACAAUCACAUCAAACGACUCGAAACGAAAUACUUGGUUGGGAUUCAGGUCUAAGAAAGCAUUAUUUUUAAAAGGCAAUGGAUGGGAUGACAUGGAUAUUCGAGAGAGUGUUGUUGCUGCAUUGGAGCUAGCAGAUGAACAACUUGGGUGUGAGAAAGUAUAUCUUUGCCUUGAGAAGAGCAAUCCUGACCUUGCAAAUCUUGUUCGGACGCUUCUCUAUGCCAGCUUCGAAGUUGUUCACCCUGGGGUAUUAGCCAAUGCAGAUCCUAAAUAUCUUGUACUUGGCAUGGAGCUAUGACAAGAUCUGCUUGUUAAAACUAGUUUUUCUUUUAUUACUUUUGUUCUCGCCUUUUUUUCUUUUUUCUUUUUAUAUAUGCCUGCUGUAAAAAAUUUAUUUGUGAAUACAUUAUUUAUUAUUAU